AUGCACGGUCUCACUCGCAUGGCCCUUAUGGGCUUGGGCUCUGGCCUGGCACAAGCGGUGCCGCAAGGCUACAACUACGGCACUGUAACUACCACCGUGACCGUGACGGCCGGAUGCCCGACAGGGUGUCCCCCGUUCUCCACCGUCACUGUGACGGCGUGCGCCUCGACUUGCUUCCCAGGCCCUCCGACCUCGACUCAGUCGUCUGAUACGGGGACCCCGACGCUUCCGCCGUCGGGCACUACCACUCCGGGUAGCACCAUCGAGACGUCUCGUACUGAUGCAAUCAGCCCGUCCGUCUCAUCGAGCUACAGCACCGCCCCGCCGGAGACUACGGAGACAUCCCCGCCUGGCACCUCAUCGGCCCCUCCAGCGAGCUCAUCUGCCACCUCCGAGUCCCAGCCGCCGGAGACAACGGCGACGCCACCCCCCGAGACCAGUGGCCCUCCAGGAUCCAGCACCAUCCCGCCCCCUGCUACUACCAGCAGUGACCAGCCGUCCAGCUCGAGCACCUACGGACCUCCCCCGGGCACUACUUCAGCUCCUCCUCCUGACUCCUCGAGCAGCGUCCCAUCCACCUCCAGCGGUUCGUACGGACCUCCACCGUCGUCGACUAGCCCUGAGAGCUCAGGCUCAAGCACUGCUCCGGGGACAACCGAGACAUCUGCUACAAGCAAUGUGUCGUCUUCCAGCUCGUCCACCUCACCUCCUGAGACUAGUGAGACAUCUUCGAGCAGCUACGGGUCCUCGACAACUCUGCCUCCACCAGUGAGCACAAGCACCUACAGCCCGUCAGAGUCUGGCUCCCCUCCCACCGAGACGACAGUCUCGACCAGCCCGCCGGGAAGCAGCACAACCGCGCCGCCCGUGACCACCUGCUACGGAUACGGUUGCCAGUCUGGAUCUUCCAGCAGUGAAGUCCCGUCAACGGCAUCAAGCAGAUCUGACAUCACUGUGAGCUCAAACCUGCCGAUAUCGCCUUCUUACAGCUCAACAAGCGCCACGUCGGCAGCAUCUUCUACUGAGACGACCGAGACAACCCCCGGCACUACUGAGACCUCUGGAACCUCACCGGCGACUUCGGAGACAUCCACGUACGGAACCAGUUCAACUGACAUCACCACCCGCAUCACCAUCACGGCAACUGGCACCAUCACCAAGACGUCGUCAUCGGCACAAGAGACUGGAAGCACGACCGAUGUGACCACGUCUGCGACUGAGAGCGGAGGCACCUCGACCGGCCCCGAGACUAGCAGCACUGGCACGACGGCGAGCACCGAGACUUCGGCUACCUACGACACCACGGCCACGGGCCCUGGAACCUCGGCUACGUAUGGUUCAAGCAGCAUCGCAUCCACCACCGGUACAGAAACCUCUGCAACCUACGGGACGAGCUCAACUGGCACCACGACUGGUCCUGAGACGUCUGCUACGUAUGGCACCAGCAGUACGGAAACGUCCACCGGCCCUGGCACUUCUGCCACCUCUGGAACAAGCAGCUCCGAAACCUCGACUGGCCCCGGCACUUCCGCUACCUAUGGCACAAGCUCGACAGCUACCUCGACUGGAUCCGAGACGUCUGCCACGUAUGGGACCAGCAGCACCGGAACCUCGACCGGACCUGCUACCUCGGCGACUUACGGCACCGUGAGCACCGGGUCGUCAACGGUCCUGACUUCCACCAAGACAAAGUGCACUAAGCACACCACCAGCACCGGCGCAUCCACGCAGCCCGGCACCACAACAGGCCCUGCCAGCUCCGAGACCUCGGCCACUAAGACCGGCGCCACAUCAAGCACCAGCGCUUCGUCUUCCACGUAUGGUACCAGCUCUACCGGAGUUGAGACUUCAUCGACAGCCGCCACUUCGCCUGCGACCAGCUCUGCGGGAACCCUGACUUCGUCGACGACCGAAACCAGCUCAACCGCAACCACCAGCUACGGAGGCAGCACCGCCUCCACUAGCGAAUCCUCGACGACCGCAUCAGGCUCGCCAUCCACGACUGGUGGCGGCUACGGUCCUCCUACUACCACAGGCGGAUCGGAGACCUCGGGGGCCCUGCCAAUCUCCUCGGCCACUUCCUCCACAGGCUACAGCAGCAGCACCAUAACCAGUAGCGAGUCGCCCACCUACUCCGCUACUGCCACCGGCAGCGCUUCUUCGUCAUCGUACGGCUCGUCGUCCAUCACGCAGUCGCAGCCCCCGGCAUCUAGCAGCGGUGGCGGCUACCCGCCCAUUCCGACCACAUCGCCGAGCACAUUUGUGACCCAGACAUCGGCCGCUGAGCCCAUCAGUGGCACCAGCAGCACCAGCUCCGACGCCGUGACCACCACCGCCACGAGCUACGGGCCGGGGUUCUCGACCUUGACCUCGACCUCGCAGGCCGCCACGACCACCCCCUGGAGCCCGCCCGGAUACGGCGGCUACCCCGGGUACGGGUACAAGCGCUGGGCGAAUCGGAACGCUGCGCGCGUCUAG